CAUCCGUCAUUGUAGCUCACCCAUUGGAAACCAAAUUUGCAUAGCAUUGUGUGAUAUUCACUAUAGAAUUAUUUGGGGUAGACGAGGACAUUCCGACCCCCUGGCUGUGUAUCUAUCACAGCCAAGUGUGUUGUUUUAAGAAAGAAUGAACUAUUCCUUUGGAGUUUUGAAGAGAUUUUUGUGAUUCCGUGUAAGACGAAAAAAAUAUCCGUCAGGUUUCACGAGCGCCAUUGGGAGAUGUAACAUAAAGCUUAGGCUGUACUUUUACAAAGUACGUUUUAAUGACUGUGUUUUAAAAAGACAAUGAGUACGCGUCCUCGGACCACGUCGAUUGCUGAGGGUGUUAAAUCUGGUUCUAACGCUCAAUUUGGAGGGAUGAGGACCAUAAAUAAGGAUGGCAGCAAGAUAACAACAGUGCUGGCCACAGCUGGGUCUGGCUCCGACAGAACUCAGGAAGUUUCUUAUACAGAUGCUAAAGUCAUUGGAAAUGGGUCUUUUGGGGUUGUUUAUCAAGCCAAAUUAGUAGAAUCAAAUGAACUUGUAGCAAUAAAGAAAGUAUUGCAAGACAAAAGGUUCAAGAAUCGAGAAUUACAGAUCAUGAGAAAGCUAGAGCAUGUUAACAUAGUCAAGCUGAAAUACUUCUUUUAUUCUGCUGGUGAAAAGAAAGAUGAAGUGUUCUUAAACCUGGUGUUGGAAUAUGUACCAGAGACAGUUUAUAGAGUAGCAAGGCAUUACAGUAAAUCGAAGCAAACUAUACCAGUUCUUUACAUUAAGCUUUACAUGUACCAGUUAUUUAGAAGUCUAGCCUACAUCCACUCGCAAGGUGUGUGCCAUAGGGAUAUCAAACCUCAGAACUUAUUGUUGGAUCCUGAAACUGGUGUUCUUAAGCUGAUUGAUUUUGGAAGUGCAAAAGUGUUGGUGCGUGGAGAACCCAAUGUGUCGUACAUCUGUUCACGUUACUACAGGGCUCCUGAGUUGAUUUUUGGUGCUUCAGACUACACCUGUCAGAUUGAUGUAUGGUCAGCUGGAUGUGUUUUGGCUGAGCUGUUGUUAGGACAACCCAUUUUCCCUGGUGACAGUGGUGUUGACCAGCUAGUGGAGAUAAUCAAAGUUCUUGGAACUCCAACAAGAGAACAGAUCAGAGAAAUGAACCCAAAUUACACUGAAUUCAAGUUUCCCCAAAUUAAAGCUCACCCUUGGACAAAGGUAUUCCGGCCAAGGACGCCUCCAGAAGCAAUUCAGCUUGUCAGUCGCCUUCUGGAAUAUACUCCCUCUGCUAGGAUCUCCCCAUUGGAGGCAUGUGCCCACACCUUUUUUGAUGAACUAAGAGAUCCUAGCACCAGGUUGCCCAAUGGCAGAGAAUUACCACCUUUGCUGAAUUUUACUCCACAAGAACUAGCAAUUCAGCCUAACCUGAAUUCUGUCCUUGUACCUCCACAUGCCAGAAACGCAAGUGAUCCUGGAGCAGUAACUGGAGACACCAACCCCGGCACUGAUGGAGGCACCACGCAGGGUGCCACAGCUGCCACAGAACAACCUGUGUGAAGUUCUAGUCAUGCUAGGGCUUCUCUCUUCACAAGCAAACUGACUGUUAUGAUAACAUUUCGUUGAUUGAAAGUUUAUUGUAUGUUAUCUAUGGGAGUUUCAGCCAGAGACAUAUUAUUAUGGUCAUCCUAAGCUGUUGCAAGCUUUUCAUUUUCACAAACAAAUCUGUGAUUUGUAUAUUCAUGUCUCAAAUAGACUCAGUGAAAUCUGACUGAUUGCUAAGUGAAAGGAACAGUGUUUCUGAUAUUUCCUUUGCUUGUUCAACAGAUACCAAAUAUAAACCUAAUGGGGCUCCCUUGUGGAAUUUUAUUGUGAUGAAAAAGUUUUUUUUUCUUAAACCUUACAAUUGUGGAAGAACUUGUGCCGGUGUAGUGAAAGUUGUAAAAAAGAAUUGGCGAAGCUUGGGAUUUCCGUUUCAACUACUCCCAUUACAGACAUUUGCUCGUUUUACAUUGGAGAUUAUAUUAAUGCCCUAUUGUCAACUGCAUGUUUAGUGAUGAUGGUUAUAUUUAGUCUUAUUUAAGAUCAAUAUCGAGUAGAGGAAAGCUGAAGCUAUUAGACGUUUUCUUUUGAUUUGAUAUUAUAUAUGUAAAGUCAUGAAAGCUGUAAAACUAAAGUGUAAAUUUUUCUUUAAUAAUUUACAAUGGAUUUAUGAGGUUUUACAAUUUCUGCGGACAAAUGUAAGCUUCUUAUAAAUAAUACGGUAACACACUGCACAAAAUUAGUUGGUGUCAUCUCUUGUAGACUUGAGUACGUGUAUAAUGAACUCUACUGCUCUGAACUAUCUUUUUGUUUAAACAUGUAACAGCAUCAUUGAAACAGAUAUAUGACAACACUUGAAUCUAUUCUAAGGUACGUUUCAGGUGUUUUGAUAUUCAGGCUGAUUGGAUGAGUACAGGCUACAUUAGUUUCUGUACUGUAGAAAAAGGCAUUUCACUAUUGAAAAUUUUAACAAGUGGUUGUAUGAAUGUGUGCGAGUUCCUCUGAGUUUAUGUGUGAGUUGUCCAUUUUAUGUUGGGUGACAAGUAGGCAAGAUAUUUAUAGGCCUGUUUUAAACUGAAUCAACAGUGUAUUUAGUCUUGUUCGUAACUUAAUGUAUUAGUGUAUAAUCAUUGUUUUUAUUGUUUAUAUACAUUUAUAUUGUUAUUGACUGCAACUGACCUCAUUCAGAUGAUAAAAACACAAAAAUGACUUUAUAUAUCAAUUUUCUAAGACUGUAGUUUCCUUUAUUCAAGUUAAAGAUUUUUUAAUAAUGUAAAUAUUAUCUGAGAAAGACUGUAACUAUACAACUUUAUAAAUGUAAGUGAAGGCAUGUAAUGAGAUCAGUUUGCUUACUUCUUUAUUUCUUAUCAUAUUUUUAUGUCACAGAUCUUAAAAACACUAAACAUAUCUAGUCGUUUUACAAGGAUGAAAAAUAUCUGUUUCAAUGUACUCAAUCUCCCUCCCUCCCCCUUUUAAUAAAAAAUUAAAGCUGGAAUUCAGAAACAUUUUAUUGAAGGAAUUAAAUUCAUUUUAGUAUUUUCCUAUAGUUUUAAAAUACUGUAAUUGGUACAAAUUGAUUACUAACAGCCCAGAAAACCUAACUAUGACCAUAAUUUCUUCUACAUAAAGAUACAGUUCACAGUUUGUUACUUUUAUGUGUAUGUACAGAUGUAUGCAGUGCUUGCCCAACUCUGGCAAUCGAAAUUUUAAAGACAAUGAUAUUCUUGGAACAAAAUUGUCAACAAUUGAGAGUUUCACAGGGAAAUGUUUUUCCAUUUCUUUAUAUAAUAUCAGUGGACAAUGUGUACUAGGCAUUUGUGAGAUGGAUGUGUUCACACACAUUUUAUUCUACAGUAGUGUCAAGGAUUUUGCAUGCUCUGUAUCAUAGCUUUCAAUGUUUCAAAAUGGGUUUCGUCCUUCAUCGUUUUCUUCACCAAGUGAACAUGAUGCAACAUCAGUGCGAGUGUUAAUGCCAUUUGUAGAUAUAAACUUUGAACAUGUUAACAAGAAUGCUAGAGCUCUGCAUCUUUUACAAUAAACAUGAUUACAAAUUGUUCUGGAAUACAAGUUUAACUUAGAAUAAAUGACUGAAAAGUUCA